GCUUCCACACAUCUUUUUUCCAGUACCAAAAAGAUACCUGCCCCUCUAAGUAGUUUCCUAUAGAAGAAGCUAAUGUGGCUAAAAUUUGAGGGGAUGUCCGACCCAGAUUCCCUUCACAUUGCCCCUAAUAAAGUCCCCAUUCAUUCAGGAGACUAAAUUCAGAUCUCAGAAAACUAAACAGUAAGGUCAACGUAAUGAUUUAUUUGUUUAGGUCUUACUAUUAAGCACAGUGACCAGGUGGGUAAGGAGAUGUGUCACUGGUCCCGAGAAGUGUCCCUGUCACAAAGCCUGUCGACACCUAGCCACUCAGGUUAGGCAAUGAAUGAAGGCGCCUGCGCAGUAGAGUCCAGACAGGGGAAGCGGGCGCCUGCGCACAGAAGUAGUGACCGUCCGCUCCCCGCUCCCGCCUCUGCCAAGCCGCGCCAGCGCAGUGAGGAUCAACGCAGCAAAGACAGCGCCUGCGCGCCCGUGGUUGAGGAGCCUGUGGCGGCAGCGGCGAUGGAACCGGCAGAGCAGCUGAGCGAGUUAGUGUCAGCCGAGGGCCGAAACCGGAAGGCGGUGCUGUGCCAGCGUUGCGGCUCCCGGGUGCUGCAGCCAGGGACCGCUCUUUUCUCGCGCCGACAGCUCUUCCUUCCCUCCAUGAGAAAGAAGCCAGCUCUGUCUGACGGCAGCAAUCCCGAAGGCGAUCUCCUUCAGGAACACUGGCUGGUUGAGGACAUGUUCAUUUUUGAGAACGUGGGCUUCACCAAGGACGUGGGCAACAUCAAGUUUCUGGUCUGCGCAGACUGUGAAAUUGGACCAAUUGGCUGGCAUUGCCUAGAUGACAAGAACAGUUUCUAUGUGGCCUUGGAACGAGUUUCCCAUGAGUAACUGAGGGGAGGGGUACUCAGCUCCACCCCCAAAGAUAAACUUGUUCCCCACAAGAACUGGCAUUUAAUGUGGUGUAACUGUUCCGCUGCCUUCUUCUCUAUGCUAAUAUAAACACCGAGUACCAGCAUGUCCACUUGAACAUGCAGAGGGUUCACCCUGCUUCCUAAAGCCUCACGUACAUUCCUCCUGCUUAGUUCACUUGCAUCACAUUUCCUAAGCUCCCUUUUCUCCCCCAGUUUUGGAACACUGCGCUUCCACAAAUCUUGUCUUUUCCCUGGCAUUCUGCCUAGGCUCUGUUUUACCCAGGGGCUCCCUCUUUUUCUUGCUCUAAAAGAGAAGUGUUCAACCUUUUGGCAGUGAUGACACAUGGCAAAAGAUGCUUAUGUGCUAAUAGUUGAAAGUCUGCCUUUUUCUCAUUCAAGAAAGCAUACAAACAUCUGAAAGUGGCUUUGUUGUAUGGCUACACUUGUGAUCUACAGUAACGUACCCUUUCUAAAAGUAAAGCAUUUACAAAACUCAGUA